GUUUUUAUCACAAGGGAAAUUCAAAGUAGAUAUUAAAGUGUCAUGUGGUGAACGCCCUCCAAGUCCUCGCUUUUCUGGCCUGUCCAGAGCAAAUCCUGACAACUGACCAAAGAUCCUUUCUUCUGGACACAUCUGUCAGCCCUAUCCGCCACUCUGGAGCCAUCAGUACAAACACAGAAGAAGACAGUGAUCAGUGAUACUGGUCAAAGCAAGGGAAACGUCUCUUCAGCAAAACCACUACAUAAUUUAUGCUUCCCUGCAGCAGAUUCCACAGCGAGGCUCUGCCCACCAAGCAUUUUAAAACACACACACACACACACACACACACACACACACACACACACACACACACACACACACACACAGAGAUACUCGUCAUUUUAAUUAUAGAAACUGAGGUUUUAAGUUAGGUCAAAAGUUAAAAGGUCAGCAUAAAGACAAGCUUUCUUGUUUCUCUCCUCUGGGCAAAUUCAGGGAUAUUUAAAUGGGACAGUGUCUCUUUGGUUUGCUGAUAGAGCUGAGGACACCUCCUUGUGUCCCUCCCUGCUCCCAUUAUCAUUCGUACCUCACUUAAAAAGAAAUGCAGUCCUUUAUGUGUCUCUGUAUGGAUGGCUGAUCUCUACAGGCUAGAACUGAGAAACUUGGAAUGGUUUAUUUACAAAAUAUGGUGAAUGUUUUAUUAAUGGCUGCAUGAUGGAAUGAAGAGUUGUAGUAAAACUGCAAGUGAUUUACUGAAAUGAAUGGACUGAUCUUUGUCAUGAACAGGACACUAGUGUUUGACAUUUUAGACCAAUGUUCUGCUGUGUGAAACCAGCUGAUGAACUGCAACAUGAGGUCCAAAACGCUGUGCGGUGCCCUGCUGAUUAUUGAGAUUUAGCGUGGAAUGGAUCUUUCCUUUUAUAUGAGCCUUUUUUUGCCAUACACUGUCAUUAUUGGCACAGCUAUGUAUGAAGUCUGACUUGAGUCGUGUAUGAUGUAUAUAGUAGCAAGCUAGUACGAGCUGGCUGCUAAUCACUGUGGAUGUCUGUCUCUUUCCCACUCUGCUGACCAGCUGAGGGGGAGGCUGUUCAGCGGGACGGAGCCAUGGAGCCACCAGAGGACAUGGAGGGUCGUUCCUUUGUGGAGGUGAUGAGUGAAAAGUACAGCCCAGAGAACUUUCCGUACCGCAGAGGGCCUGGUAUGGGGGUGGUGGUGGUACCCACCAUCGGCCCCCAAGGCUCCCCUAUGAAAGAUCGUCUGAACCUGCCCAGUAUGCUGGUGUUGAACAGCUGUGGGAUCCGCAGGGCAGGAGAACAGGCUGAGAUUGCUGCCUUCUGUGCCCAUGUCAUUGAGCUGGACCUGUCACACAACAAGCUGCAGAACUGGCAUGAGAUCAGUAAAAUCGUGUCCAACAUCCCCAACCUGGAGUUCCUGAACCUGAGCUCCAACCCCCUGGCCGGAAUGACCCUUGAGCCGCGGUGUGCUGAAGCCUUUUCCCGGGUCCGACGCCUCGUCCUCAACAACACUCAAGUGUCCUGGGACACCGUGGUGCUGCUCACUAGGGAGAUACCUGAGCUGGAGGAGUUGUUCCUGUGCCUUAACGAGUACAGUAGUGUGAGUGCCUCCAGUGUGGCCUGCCCCACCUUGCGCCUGCUUCACAUCACCGACAACAGCCUCCAGGACUGGGCCGAAGUCCGCAAGUUUGGCUCCAUGUUCCCCAGCCUGGACACUCUGGUCAUGGCCAACAACAACUUGGCCUCCAUUCAGGACAACAAGGAUAUCCUGCAACGGCUCUUCCCAAACCUACGCAGCAUCAACCUGCACAACUCAGGUCUCAACCGAUGGGACGACAUUGAGAAGCUGAACUUCUUCCCCAAGUUGGAGGAGGUGCGGUUGCAGGGCAUUCCCUUGCUGCAGAACUACACCAACGCAGAGCGACGCAGCCUCAUGAUAGCACAGCUCCCUUCAAUUUCAAUGCUAAAUGGCAGUGUUGUGACUGAUAGCGAGAGAGAGGACGCAGAGAGGUUCUUCAUUCGUUACUACUUAGACUACCCUGAGGAGGAGCUGCCUUACAGAUACCAUUCCCUGGUAACAAAGUAUGGGAAGCUGGAGCCACUUGCUGAGAUUGACCUCCGACCUCGCUGCCGUGCCCAGGUGGAGGUUCACUGUGAGGAAAAAGUGGAGCAGCUGAACAUCCGUUUGGACCAGACAGUAGCUGAGCUGAAGAAGCAGCUGACAACAGUGGUCCAGCUAUCCACCAACAGCAUGAGGCUGUAUUACAUCGACAAGUGCAGCGCCUUCGGUCCAGAGGAAAUGAGGUACAACACCCGGGCUCUCCACUCCUACAGCAUCCAAGACGGUGAUGAAAUACUGGUGGUGCCCAAGACCAAGUGAACAGCUGGUGUCCUACCGGCUAAUUAGAGUGACUCAUUGAUUGAUUGAUUAAUUGGAUUAUUUGUUGAUUGGUAAACUGACAUCACAAAAUAACUGGGAAAUGCAUAUGGAACAGCAACAGUGGCCCACUUGGAAUGGAGAGAGUAAAAAGAAAAUGAUGUGAACACCAUCAUGAAGACUGCACGGUGGACUACAGUGGGCUGCUGAGAGGCUCUAGCUGGAAAUGCAGCCAGUCUGGAGAGAAUUUUGUCUUUAUUUAUUUCAGCUUUAUUUGAGGGGCAUCCACUGGAGUUAGUGGACAAAUCUGUCACACUGGAGAACAGGCCGAGAGAGCAACUCGCAGUCAGCUAGCAGCUUAAGCAGAGGAGAGGGCACUGCUGUACCAGCAAAGCGGCUCUUUCUCUUAGUAUACCGCAUGUAAUAGCACCUGCAUAGGCAAGCAUCCAACACCACUGGCUUGACCACUUGUCGCAAAAGCUACCCUGAUUAGUAGUGAGAGUGGAGAGGGACAGCUGCGUUCAUCUGCACUUUUUUUUUAAGUGGGCACAAUAUCAGGAGGAGCAGCUGUUGUUAAAGGAACAUCUUUCCUAAAACACAGUUAAAUGCAGGGGUUGGUGAUGAAACUAGCGGGGUCCAUUUUGUUGUUCGGUGGUGGGGUUUUUUCUGUAUUUCUGUGGAUAAUUGUCAAAGUUAGAAAAUGCUACAUCACAUUCAGAUCAUUUGACAAAAUACCAAUAACAAAAAGCAAGGGAUUCUUUCUAGAGCCAUAAUGACAAUCAACAAUCAGUGUGAAAUUUAUCAAAGAAAACGCAGAUUUUAAUUCCUAAAAGAUCCCUCCAGCUUUUUUAAUACGUAUAAAAAUAAUAAUUUGUGUCUGAUAUGGUUUUUCCACAAACAAGUUAGAAAGGUAUAAAUACAUUUCCUUUUCCCUCAUUAAAAAAAAUCCAGAAUCUAAAGUUCAACUGCUGGACACAAGAUCUUCUUACUUCACUGAAAGUCCAUUCUCAGUGUAUGUGCCCUGCAGGCUUUAAGUUUCCACAUCACACUUUGGUAAGUUGCAUAUUGCAUCAGGAUUUGGCUUCCAAACUAGUUGUCAUCAUGCUUGUACAGACACAUGCUAAACUGAGAUUUAAGGUGACCACAGAGAAACUUUCCUCCUUCAGUAGAUGAAUGUGAAAACAGUUUUCUAGUGUCAAACUCUGCACAGUGAAGGUCAAAAAUUCAAGUGAACUAACAAUAAGCAAAACACACAUUUUUUGCUGGAUGGGGACUUUAAAUAAAGUGGAAAUAGAUGAGGCGGGUUAAAAGAAAAUCGGUCGUACAAAAAGGAAAAUUACACCAAUUUAUGAUAAAAUGGCUUCAGUAGUGCAAUGAUCCUAAAUUGAUGAUAUCUAACAGUGUAAAGACUUUUUGAAGGUUGAUGUUUCUUUUAUCCUGUGUUUUCUAAAUGUAUUUUGUGGACUUGGAGAAGGCUUAUGACCGUGACUGCCGGAGUAUGGGGUACCGGGGCCGUUGCUACUAGCCAUCCAGUCCCUACAUAACCAGAGUGAGAGCUGUGUCAGUAUUAUCGGCAGGAAGUCACACACGUUUUCAGUGGGUGUUGGGCAAUAGUAUCUUAGGGCGCAGCUGGGGGGAGGAGAGUAUUCGGUUUGGGGACCUCAGAAUUGCUUCUCUGCUCUUUGCAGAUGAUGUGAUUCUGUUGGCUUCAUCAGACUCCUCCUACGUGUCCUUGAACACGUACUCGGGCAGUUUGCAGUCGAAUGUGUAGGGGUCGAUGAUGAGUCAGGUCCUCCAAGUCUGAGGCUACGGUUCUCUACCAGAAAACGGUGAGUUGCUGCCCCAAUCAAAGGAGUUCUGGUAUCUCGGGGUCUUGUUCACGAGUGAGGGUAAAAUGGAGUGUGAGAUGGACAGGCGGAUUGGUGCGGCGUCAGCAGUAAAGCAGGCGUUGUACCGGACCGUUGUGGUGAAGAGAGCUGAGCCAGAAGGUAAAGCUUUCAAGUUACCUGGCAAUCUACAUUUCACCCCUCACUUAUGAUCACGAGCUUUGGGUAGUAACCGAAAGAAUGAGAUCACGGAUACAAGUGGCCAAAAUGAGUGUCCUCCUUAGGGUGGCUGGGCUCACCCUUAGAUAUAGGGUAAGGAGCUCAGACAUCCUUUGUGUCGAAAGGUGGUUCGGGCAUCUGAUCAGGAUGCCUCCUGGGCGCCUUCCUUUGGACGUUUUCUGGGGACAUCCAACUGGUAGGAGCCCUGGGUAGACCCAGAACACACUGGAGAGAUAAUAUAUCUCAUCUGGCUUGGGAACGCCUCAAGAUCCCCCAGUUGGAGCUGGAAAACUUUGCUAGCCUGCUGCCACCACGACCCGGCCCCGGAUUAGUGGCAGAAAAUUGAUGGAUGGAUUGAUGUUUCCUUUAUCGCUGACCAAGAUCAGAUGUUACACUCACACAUACCCACACAGGUUACCACAAAGCAGCUGUGUCAUGUUAUGUGCUGCCCCCUACAGGCUUCAAGGUUUUCAAGGUUUUUUGUGUGACACACACACCAGGGUACCCAAAAGUCAAUCUCUCAGUGCAAAUUCUGCAUAGGAGCAGUAUGAAGGCAUAACUUAUCUGUUAAAACAUCAUGUAAAUGAGGUUUGAUUACUUUCAUUCAUUCAUCCAUCCAUCCAUCCAUCCAUCCAUUAGCUAUACCCGCUUAUCCAGAUCAUUUCAGUUCAUUUGUGCACAUUCUAGGGAGCAAGAUAAGACUGGGAAUUUGUCAUUAACUUGUGUGUUCGUGGUCAUUUUAAAGGCAUAUGGUAGCAGUGUGGUUUUGCCAAAUUCCCUGAUUUUGCGUACAUAGCUAUGUGAUUUUAGUAGUUUUUGCUGUUUUCUAUUAUAUUUUUAUGCUUUUUAGAGGUUAGCAUUCCGUUUUUUCAAUGCUCCAUUUUUUUCUCAUGUAACUUAUAUUGUUUCUUUAAUUAAUUACAUAUGAUCUUGUCUUAUGGUUCUUUAAAUGCUUAAUCAGUGUAUCUCUUUACAGUUUAUUUAUCAUUUUCCAAGAAUAUUAUUAGUAAUUUUCCUUGAACAGACACUGAUCUCUGUUUAGUGCAUGUGUAUGCACCUAUAAACUGCCCAUUAUUCAGUGAAAUAUUUAUGCCUACAUCAGUGUUUCAUCUGCUCCACAUUAGUGUAUUCUACAUUUCACUCUAUCCUGCACAGAAAUACUUCCACCAAAAAUAGCUAUUUAGGGUAUUAUUAUUAUAAUGUGGAAUAUAUACAGUACGUAUUGAUUUUAUUAUACAGCCUUCACCUUGUAUAAGAGGAGCAUUGAUGUUUGGUGCUAUUGAUUUUUCCUAUAGCAAGCAACAUAGCAUAGUAGAGGAUUCCUGACCGUGCCCAGUGUUAUGGCUAUGGACACAGUUGAUUUGUCAAGCUACAAAAUAAAAUAAAAUAAUUCACAUGUAGUGGCUGGUUGGAAACAAUAUGUUUCCACUGGGCUGUACUCUCUGCACUCUCAGUCCAUCUACUGUUGACAGAAAACUCAGCUCAAUGUGCUUUGGCCUGUUUUUAACAGUGUUUUUACCCUCCAAAAGUAUCAACAUCUCAAGUAUGUAAAUGCCACAAUAUUUCCUUCCUUAUUAUAAUCAUUUUCCAGUUUUAUUUUAUAACACAACUGCUAUACUUGAAUAUUAGGAAGUGUGGAAUAAUAAGACUAAGGAGUCAUUAUGAAGAUAUGGCAAUGACACACAGCAGGUUAGAUGAAAAGAGUUACAAUACAUGGACCUGUUGCCCCAUUUUAUCACAGUAGUGCUGAUUAAAUGUUAGCGUAGCAUGAACCACAGCCAUAGCAACCAGCACGGAGAGAGGCAGCAGUGCAGUGCUGGCACCAAAUUAAGUACUGAGUUAUUGUGUCUGUGCUGAUCAGUGUGAGAUUUGUUUGAAGUGAGAACAUGUGAUAUGUAAUAGUUUGCAGGAUGGGUGAUUUUUUGGUAUGCAUGUUAUUUAUUGACUUUAUGUGUUUGCAAGGAAAGUGGUGGUGCUUAGAUUUCUGGAAUAAUGAACUUGAUGGAACUUUGUUUUACAUUAAGCCCAAGAAAAAUAUUUUAAGUCUUGAUGUAAAUGUAUUGUUUCCCUGUUUAAUUUAUCCAGAUUGUGUUGAUUUUUUUUUAUUGUGUCUAUUGUUUACUGUCCAACCUGCUACAAGCCAAAAAUAUUGGCUAAGGCAUUUUACAGCCCAUAAAGCCCCUGAAAACUUGAUUUUAGAUUUUUAUUAUUUCUCUGUAACAUUGAAGAUUCAUGACAACAAUCAAAGUUAAAGUUAGGAAAACACAUCCUUAGUUAUUAUUUAUUAAGAGUUUAACAAAAACUCAUCAAGAGUGUGUGGGUGUGCUUUGAUCAGAUUUGAUUGUAAGUGGCCUGGCAAAAUAAACAAACAACCCCAAUUGUCAUCACAUUUUGAUUCUAAUUCUGAUUGGUAAAUUUUGUGACAUCACUUUUUUCCAACUGAGACCCGCCCAUUCAAACCAGUGAGAUGAGAAGAACUCAGACAAAACCAAAAAAUACAGAAACUUCUCAUGUGAAAUAUUCAAAAUUGUUCUAACUUUGGGAGAAAACGUUGUGUAUAAACACAACCUCAUCGCUCAUAGUAACACGCUGAUUGAGAAAACAUAUUCUCAGGACCUUUUUAAAGGAAAAUUCCACCCCUGUUGGCAAUGCACUGUAUAGAUUUUAUUUGGUCAUUCUGUUGUUUUGUACUGCAACUGUUGCAUUACUCUGACCGACUGGACCAUUAACAGUAAACAUCAGGUUUUGGUGUCAGUCCCACAGAAUCAUACUGUGAGGCCUUCUAGAGCCGCCUUUUAUUUAUCAUUCAACAGUUUUACAUCAUCAUAUAGGCAGAGAUAAUAAUUCCACCAGCAGUAGCCUGAAUAGACCAGAAUGCAUUACAACCACCGAACAUGUUGUGAUUGUAGUUUGAAUAAGAAGUGACUCACUUUUUGGUAAACUGUCGAUUUGCUGCCACCAUCACUAUCACUCUAAUUGCUUUCAUCACCUUCAUACAUAAUCCAGAGAUGAAUAUGACAUUUAAAGCAGUGCUGUACUUUGACAUUUUGUGAAAUAGGCUUAUAUGCUUUCUUGCAGAGAAUUAGAUGAGAAGAUUGAUACUACUCUCAUGUCUGUACGCUAAAUAUGAAGCUAGGGGACGGUUAGCUUAGCAUAAAGACCAGAAACAGUGGUAAACAGCUAGCCUGGCUCUGUCCAAAGGUAACAAAAUCUGCCUAACAGCAUCUCUAAAGCUGACUAAUAAACAUGUCAUAUCUUGUUUGUUUAAUAUGACAGGUUGCAAUUUAACAGGGUUUUAUGUGCUGGACUAUUUCUUGGCCGGGCGCACUUCCUGGAGUCUUCGAUAGCUAACCGGCUGCUGGCUGUAGCUUUAUAUUUAGCGUACAGACAUAAAAGUGGUAUUAAUCUCCUAACUCACUGCCAGACAGCAAAUAAGCAUAUUUUCAAAAAUAUAACUGUUGCUUAAAGGAGUCAUUGGGGGGUGUCAAAAGGCUUUUUUUUUUUUUAAAUAUAGGAAAUCAUUAAUUGAAGUAGUCAAAACACCUCCUAAGGAGUAACUGAGGGUGGAUUUUUCCUUUAAAUUCAAGUAUAACCCAUUACCUCCCUCUGUACUCCUCAAACCAAUGCAGUCUGUUCAUAUUGUAAGAAGCAAAUGAGAAGCCGAAAAUUGAGUUGAAAUACUGCACAACCUCUCAGAAAUGUAAUAAACUCAAAUAAGACCUGUUUAAAAAAAAUGUAACACUCUUCUGUUAGAUUAGGGCUUGUCUGCUGAAAUAGAGAUAAGUUAUAUAUUGAAAAGCUCCAUCUUUCCUUUGCUUAGUUAAAUACUCAACACAUAAUGCUAGACAUCUGGCAGCUUCAAUACAGCACAUCCUGUUUGAAUGGCAACCUGUGAAACUAAAUAGAUACUUGCUACUCUGAAAUACACUGCUUGAGUCAUCAUCUGCUGCUAAAAGUAGUGCACCAGAGCUUGUGUGGAUCUCAGAAGGCUUUACUUGUCUUUAAUUAUAGUGUUAUAGGUUUUGGUUGGACUAAAUAUGCAGGUUUCAUUCCCGCUCAGACUUAUAUACACCAGUAUUUAAGCUAAUCAGUUCACUCAACUAUAUGUAACACGGGACUGUUCAUAAUCUGUGGCAAUUAAAGCAUAAUAAUUUUUUGUAGGAACCUAUAUGAAGUAUUAAAUGGAACAGAAUGAGUCAUCUUUCUUGUGUUAGUAUAUGUAGAGAAAGAUGCGUCCCUGAAUGGUAAUAAAUGACAGUUUCCCUC